CUAAAUCAUGUUAAUACCCUCUGUUUGUCAUAUGAAUGCAUUAUUUCGUGGAUACUUUUGGCUGAAAAAUGCCUAUUCCUUUGCGCCUCAAAUGUCACAGACGCGUCACAAGGUGACUGAACAGUCUGCCAGCCAGCCUGAACCAGACGCUCCUGGACUAGUCUCUUGGGCAAUGGACCAGACUGCCCCUCAGCUGCCGGAGAGUGCCCUCUUCAGCACCGUGCUCUACUAUGUCCUGCUGAUACUGGUGGUGCCCGUGGCCUCCUUCUUCAUCUCCAAGAGCGUGCUGUUUGAGCUGGUGCUGCGCCUGGAGACCCCCACGGCCACCCUGUGCUCCACCAUCGUCGCCGUGGUGGCCGUGCACGUGACGCUCGGGGUAUACGUGGCACGCGCGUUCCGAGAGCCCAAAGACGGAAAGCGUGACUAGAGGCUGAAGAACACCCAAGGGACUUUUUGAUAGUGAAGUGGGAAAAGUGAAGCUUGUUCAUGAUUUGACAGUGCUGCAGGUGCAGACUUCUCAUUUAUCAUCCAUCCUUAAAACCAUUCCAAGAUAAUCUAGUUACAUUGUCGUCUUGACCCGGCCACUCCCGUGAAGAUCUAGGCUGUGAACCCGCCACGUGCUGGCGGAGGGUGCUGUGGUGCGUUUUUACCGUGAGAGACUUACAGCGACACCGCGAUGGAUGGCUGUUUCGAGCCGGGCCUGAUCGGCUGCCGGGUGCGACUGGUCGCCGAGGAGGGCGAGUACCGCGGCACCGUGCACGCCGUCAACCCGCGUGACGCCUCCGUCAGGCUGGUCGGCGUCACGUUCCAGUGUGGCGGCCGCGAGGAGUCUCUGCGUGGCGUGCAGAAGUUCGUUCACGGCGACGUACGGAGCAUCAGCGUACUGGAAUGCGGGCCGGACGACUCUGCCGCCGCCCCCACUGCCAGGUCAGCCGUGGCACCGCAGAAGGGCCCUCCGCCGCCGGCUGGUCGUGAUUAUCAGGUGCUAGACCGCGGCUCGCGAGAGAAGCCCGUGUUCUCCCAGAAACUGGUGGACGACAGCCUGCUUCUGUCCCAUGUCGCCAUCGACGACAGCGACGACUCGUCGAGCGCGGAGACGGGCCCGGGCGAGCAGCAGGCGCGCCGGCCGCGCGCCGCCUCUCCGCCGCCGCUCCUGCCGCGCCCAGAGGGGUACGCGCUGGUGGAGACGGCCGAGGAGCUGGAGGACGCGGUGUCGUUUCUGAGCGGGCAGACCAACAUCGGUCUGGCGGCGGAGGGUGUCCUGCUGGGCCGCGCCGGCCAGCUCAGCCUCGUCUCGCUGGCCUGCGAGGAGUUCGUGUUUAUCGUGGACGUACCUACGUGCGGCGGUGCGGCGGCGCUGCGCCUGCUGCAGCCGCUGCUGGAGAACCGGCGUGUCGGCAAGGUGGUGCACGACAGCCGCGGCCUGUCGGAUCUGCUCUGGCACCAGGCGCAGACGCGGCUGGUGAACGUGUUUGACACCCAGGCGGCGGAGGUGUACCUGUACCACCGUCACUUCGGAGCCAUGCCCGAGUACGUCAGCAACGUGGCGCACACCCUCGUCACUCGGCUUGGUCUACUGCCGCGACAGGUGUUCUUCCCCCGGCACCGCCAGGAGCGGUUGCGUCAGGAUCAGGCCGUCUGGAUGCGCCGGCCGCUGCCCGAGUCGCUGCUCGAGGCCGCCGUCAAGAACGUCGUCUACCUGAGGGAACUGCGUGAGAAGCAGCUGGAGGGCAUGAUGAGCACCUUCGUCCGCUGCGUGGACGUCUUCCUUGACUCGGUCCGGGACUGUGAUGAUGAAGACGCUGCCGCAGCGCCGAACGACACUCACCGUGUUCCCGUGGAGGUACAGCGGAUUCUGGAGGCUCCCGCUCGUCAGACACGUGCUCGGCCGGACGACGAAAACCCUGGCGUGGUGCACAACGUUCUGACGCACCUGGACAGCGGCAUGCAGUUUACGAGAAACGUGUGGCGCACAGAGCGACCCUAGACAGUCCUGAGCGUCUUGGAUAGGCGCCCCGGUCUCGAGCGUGCACUGAACACCCCUAGACGACGCCAAUCGCCCCUAGACAGACGCCCUGGACGCCCCUAGACGAGCGCAGCGGCUGAGCAAGUAGCACGGAACGCAGCCAGAGCUUCUCCUUGGCCAAAGGUAGCGUAGUACGAUAAACUAUUUAAUCCUGGGCGUGAAUUGAUUCUAGAAGUGGUACGGUGAAGGAUAUGUUGCUGAUUUUUCGGUGUGUCAGACGUCCAGUACUGAGACAAGGCCUUGUCGUCCGCGACCCCAAUGUGUCACGACGGUCGGCGUGCGUUGUUGUCUGUCCGCCGUCGCCGACUGGUGGAACAUCAGUCUGAUAUCCGGGCGUUGGCCGGGUCUACUGUCUGGCAUAACAUCAGUCCGCGCUGGGCGUUGGCCGGGUGCUCUCACUGUAACAUCAGUUCGCAGUCGGGGCGUUUUCGGCGCUGUGACGGUAAACGAUUGUCUGGCCACUGAGGCGUGACAGAUGGCCCACAUUUUCGACAGGUUUUGAUCUAAGGCCAGCAGACGCUAGCCGAUUUUCAACAGGGUUGUGAUUUGGAUAGCCGGGGGCGUUGGGUUCAUCUUGAAACGGUUUCGCUGUUGGCUAAAGUAGCGUGUGUGAGCUGAGGCGCGUACGCCGGCGGGCCUUUCCCGAGGAGUCCAGUAAUGGUGUGUAAGCGGUGUGUGUGUGUGUGUGCGUAGCGUUUUUAAAGCGUUUAUAGGAUCCAAGGUGGAAUCAAUACAUUACAUCAAUGAUA